CGCCGUCUGCACUGCUGCGGUCCCGCGGGUCUGUCCGCGGGUCCAGCCCAGACAGCCCUGCCCGGAAAGCAGAUGAACACUCGUGAGAGGGUGGGCGCGCGCGAGGGUCUCACUCGUGCCCGGGAGAAUUUAAACCUUCCCUCAGAAGUGUACGUUAAAGAAGACAACCAGCCAAGGAUCAUCUGAAAUUGUGAUUGGCUUACUAAUAAUCCCAGGACAAAGUUAGAGAUCACUACUCAGGCAUAAGUCUCCCCCUUUUCUAAGACUGCUAAAAAGAUGUUUGACAUCAAGGCAUGGGCUGAGUACGUUGUGGAAUGGGCUGCAAAGGACCCAUAUGGCUUCCUUACAACAGUUAUUUUGGCCCUUACUCCACUGUUUUUAGCGAGUGCUGUCCUGUCCUGGAAAUUGGCCAAGAUGAUUGAGACCAGGGAAAAGGAGCAAAAGAAGAAACAAAAACGUCAAGAAAAUAUUGCAAAAGCUAAACGACUAAAAAAGGAUUGAAGGAAUGAACAGGCUUUACAAACAGGAAAAUCAUUCGGAAAAUUAAGCAGUUUUAGGAGGACCCACUAACAUUUCUCCUCUGGAUUUUAUGACAGUAUUAUUUAGCAAUGAGGUCUGAGCAUAUAGAAGAAUCAUGUUAAUUCUGACUUCAUUCUAUAACAACUUUUAGGCUUUUGUGUAGAAGACUGUUGACAGUUACUGUAAAUUGGCAUUUAUUGUGCUACAAAUUCUUCAUAACUGGCUUUAUCAUUUGCCAUCUUAUAGCUUAUGUACUGAAAUGAAAAUAUCCUGUGGAGUAAAAUGACUUUAGAUUAUGAACUCAAAUAGUGAUUUAAAAUGGGGUCCUGUUCUAGAUAAAGAAUAGUAAGAAUGUAAAAUUCACAGUUCUCCUCUGAGCUUAAAAAUGUUCUUUAGCUUAAAAGAGAUACAGUAUAUCUUUAUCAUUGCUUAUUUCUUAGCAUAGAAUCAUUUAUAGCUUUCCCAAUGCAAAUAAUGUUAAUCAUUGAGUACUUCUAUUUUCUGCAUUCUUCUGAUUUUAGCCUUUGAGAGGCUGGUAAUUAUCAGACAUGAAGCAUUUUUUAAAAAUCUAAUUUUAUAAAGAAUUCUUUUAUUAUCUUGACUAUAGAAUACCACCUACUGGAUAUAAUAAUUUUUGUACUUACAAACACUGCCAUUUUCUUAGAGAUGACUUGUUCAGUAGAGUGACACUAUCAUUUAAAACUUGUAGUAAAAAUGCCAAAUCUUGUAGUGCCAGUUUUGUUUUUUAUUCUGUUCUUUGUUUUAACUCAUGUGGUAGUGAUGUCCUAUAUUUUUUGAUCAAACAAGUUCAUGGUGAGAAUUUAAAUUUCAGGUUCAUUUAAGCAAUGCUUAAAGAUUAACAGUUAAGUCAUUGUAAGUGGUAAAGAAAAGUUUAAGAUUUGGUAAAAUGUUGUUGUGUAUAGUAGUAAUUGGGUAAAAAGAGUAAAUUAAAAUGAGAAUUUGUUAUGAUUAGAAAUAAAUAGCUAAAGGAUAUUUCCUUCAGUUAAAUAGUAUAACUGGAACGCUUUACUAUUAAACGUGAAUUUUUUAAAUGCAUGGUUCAGUAAUUAUCAUUGUUAUUAAUAGCUUACUAAUGUUUUCACCUCUGAUAAUGAAUUUUAAAUUACAAAAAAUUGUUUAACAGCUUUAAUUUAAGAAACUAGAUAUUGAAAUAAAUUUGAUACUUUUUUAAUAAAAAGGUACUUUUUUUCCUAAGUCAUUCAAUAAUUCAAAUUAUAUAUGUUAUGGAAGUCAGACCUUUCAAAGGGUUUUGAAUUUCAUUUAUAGCUAAGCAUACUUGUAAAAGUUGAGUACAGUGUUUCACAUAUGAGAACCUAAGGACUACUGAGAAUGUCUGUGGACUUACUUGCUAACUCCAGGUACUAAAGUAAUUCAGUCGUUAGUUAUUUUGAAUAGGAUCUAGGAUAUGGUUUUUAUAUUAUUGAAAUGAAAUAAAGCGUUAAGAUGCUUAUGUAGAACCACUGGCCUCGUGCAUCUGCAGGGCCCUGUUAAGGAAAACUAAUAUAUCUAAAAUGUGGUUAGGUUUCUGUAAUCAAGUGAUUCAUGGAAACAAUAUACAUGUCUUGCUUAUGGCCACAUCAAAUAAGCAAUAGAUAUAUUCUUCAUAAUUCUUAUUUACUAAAGCUGUGGUUUCAUUGGUUCUAUAGUGACAAUGGAAAAGUAAUUAUUAAACUAAAAAUCUGUUUUGCUAAAAUUUGAUAAAAUCUUAACACAUGCCAAUUUUAUGUUUGUUUGACAUAUGCCAUUAGUUAUUUCUUCAGCUUUUCCCAACAUUUGUCAAACGUUUUAUACAUAUGAGAUCAAUAAGGCUUUAUAUUUGUGUCUCUAUUUUGAGAGAGAGAGAGAGAGUGUGUGUGUGUGUGUGUGUGUGUGUAAAAAGGAUUGUGAAAUAGAGAUGAUUGUGAAGUUUGGGAUUUUUCAGGGAAAAAAAUCAAUAUUCUCAUUGUAACUAACCCUUUGCACUCCGCUGUUCCCUCUCAGGGGACAUCGGAAUUCUAGCAUAUCACUCGGAUGUCCCCUCUCAGGGGACAUUGCAAUUUAUUAGUGAUUACGGGGAAUUGAGGUUAUUUCAACGCAACUUUUUGAGACAUGCAUGUUUCCCUGAAGUUUUAUCUUGAAAUGGCACAAGAAAUUAAAUCAAAAUAUUGUAAAAUGGUUCGGAGUGCAAAGGGCUAAUAGUACUGUUGAAAGAAUUCCGUUUAUUAUCCAGAAUACUUCUUUAAAAAUUUGCCUACUGAACUACAUUGUUUCUGAGUUCUGAAACUACUAUAGUUACCUUUUUAUGGCUGAUUUUGGGGAAAAAACAAACAGGCUGCCUGUAACAAACAUUUUGCCAAAAAGAAAAAGUUUGUGUAUCAGAAUUUGAUUCAUAGUAUCCACAUGAUAAAUUUCAGUAUGAUAUUACUGCACAAAAGUGCAAGGGGAUUUUUUACUUUUAUUCCUUGAAAUUAUAGUAAGCAAACUGGAAAUAAGCUUAGGAACCUGUGAGCUGGAAACCCAAUGUUGAAAUAAAUUGUAAUUAACAGCCUCCCACUCAUUCUUACACAUAAAGGAGAGUGGCAAGGGACACUUUACAUCACCUCUGGUUUUAAGUUGGAGGACGUCUGAUUCCUUUUUAGGAAUGAUUGCUUUUAUGACUACAGUGAUCCUCCGUUAUAUAGGAUCACUCUGAUUUACUCAAACAUUAAAAAGCACCCUAUGUCCAAAUACCAAAAGUUUGGGGAAACACAAGUAAAAUUAAUUCCUGCAUGAUUUCUUACAAAGUCAUUUUAAUAUCACUCAAAUUCUCACAUCUGCAUUUUUCAGUUUAAGAAAACCUGGUGGAAAUACAUUUAAGUUACAUUUUAAAUAGUGUCAAUAAGGUAGCAUUUAAAGAAAUCAAAUAAUGGUAUUAGUUCAAGGCUAAUUAAACAAGAAUUCUGUUAGUAAAAGUAGGAAUGUAAAAGGAUGACAGAAAAAAGGAUUUCCUCCAUUUUCAUUGAUUUUUUUAACCUCAAAUAGCCAAGGCACAGCUGACAGGCUACAUUUAUAUAAUUAAACCUAACAGCCAACACACCUAACACUUAAGCAGUUUGUAUAACAGAAUAAGCCCAUUAUUGAAAACCAAAAAUAUGCUGUAUGUAUGUAUAGCAGAGGCAUAAAUCAGGAAGUAUUUAUCUCUGUACUUGGGAUAACGUAACACUUUUUAAAAAGAACAUUUUUACUUUUGAAAUUAAAUACUGCAUAGAUUUGAAGUCUUAGUAUGAUGAAAGGCAUUUUCAUAAAUAGAAAUGCCUAAAAUAUGAACUAUGGGGAACAAACCAUUUAACUCAUUAAUUCUGCUUUGUGUGUGUGUAGCCUAAAAGCCACAAAGAUUGUUUAGAAAGGCAGUCUUAAUUAGGCCAAGAUUAUAGUUUAAUUUUUAUAUAAGACAGUUAACUUGUUUCAAUACCACCCACCACAGUACAACCAGGCACCCUAAAAAUAUUAGUCUUGAGGAAAGGAGUGUGAAUGGAUCAUUACAAACGUCAUUCCCCCCUCUCAAAAUCACCUUGAAAAGAGCAUGCUCUACUAAUAGGGUCAGUAUCAUUCUGUUAACAGGAAUUUUUUCACAAAGACUCUUGACUAAGAUUUUCUUUUGCUGCUUAUGUAAGACAUUUAAAAAAGAAAGCCAUUUAAAUUAGUGUAAAUUCUGUUAAGAUAUUUAUAAACAGACCAUAUGGCAAACAUUUGCAAAAGCUAUAUAUAGAGAAUGUAAUUAAUAAGCUAAUAGGAAUUUGGAAUAGAAAUAUUUUAGCAUGCUUGAACAAUUUUUGCUAUAACCCAGGCUUC